AUGGACGAUAUCUGGAGCGACACGGAGAUGAGCGAGACAUCGUUUACCACCACCGAGUCAUCACCGCCGCCAUCUCCCAUCCUGACAGACUACCAAAACAACCUCAUCGCCACCUAUGCGUUCCACAGCGAUAGCAUCAGCGACCUCAUAAACAUCGCCGUCGACCUUGAAAUCAGCGUCCGACGCGAGCGCGACGAACCGAGCCUCCCAUACCUUACCGAGGAUUUGGAAAAGACGCGAGGGGAGCUGGUCCUGCACAGGGACGCGAAGCGGAGGAUCGAGAGGAACCUCAAGAAGGAGAAGUUGAAGAUGGUGGUUGGACGUGGGUCAAUCGCGGCGAAGCAGCAGUUGAAUGAGAUUGGACGUUACAUGGAGGUGGACAAGACGAUAGAGUGUCUUCGCUGA